UGUCGAUAUCACGUGACCUAUAAUUAUUUGUAUCUGAUAAUCGCACUCGCGACGAAUUCGUAAGAUCUAAACAAUCUCGGGAACAAGAACAUGCCACUGUCGAUAACGCGGUAUAAUACCAAGACACAGCAUCCGAAUGAGCGAAUAACAUUUAUUACUGCCCUACCCGGGUCGCCGCCGCAGAGCCAAGAGCUGCUGAAUCAUAUCGCUGCGAUCGUGUUUCCAAUCAUGAAGAAGCAUUCGCUCAGUAUAACGAGUUUAGAGGAGUGUCCUUACAAUAGAGAGUACUGGGGUAUUAAUUACAAUGCUGGCGAGAAAGUGAGAUUAGUGCUGCGAGGACCGAGUAAGCAGCUUUUGGGGUUUCGACAGGUAUUGAGCGUGAUGAUCCAUGAGCUGGCACACAACAAGCAGAUGAAUCACUCGAAAGCGUUUUGGGCGGUACGGAACGAGUUUAUGAAAGAGAUACAAGAACUACAGGCGAAAGGCUAUACAGGAGAAGGUUUAUACUCGCGCGGGCGCGAACUGGGCUCUUCGCAAAUAGUCCAGUCGAUUGCCUUGUCGGAGCACGAUAUGCCAGAUGACCUAUGUGGUGGCUCGAUCACACGAACGCGGCGGACUAGGAUAAUUAGACGGCGGCGGCCACGGAAGCGGAAGUUUGAAGGCGAGGGGGUGAACGUCGGUGGGGACAUGGAGAUGCGGAAGAAGUUAGAAGGUGGCAAGACGAACAAGAGCGCGCCGAGGGUUGCAAAUAGUGAGCGAGGGCGAGAUUUACGGCUAAACGCCGCCGUGCUACGUGCUGAAAAGCUCAAGCAGAUGAAGAAGGAAGAACAGGAGCAAAGUGAGGACGAGUACGAAGAAGUCACGGAGGAGUACUACGAUGAGCUGAAGCCGGAUGACACAGAGGAUGAGAAGAAAUGGCUACAUGAUGAGAUGGCAGGAAUGUUUGAGGAUGAUAAGAAGGACGUGUUUAUCGCUAUCGACGAGGGACUCGCGAUUAAGAUCGAUAGCGAGGACGACGAGGUGGACGGCAGCGCAACCGUGAAAGAGGAGACCUCAACACAACCAGAAGCAAGGCCGGUGACAGACACACGACCUCCAAAAGUCGAAAUCAUCGAAAUAGACUAAACGAUAAAGUAUUAAUACAAUUUUACAACUCACAGAUCUAAUCAGAAUUAGGCAA